AGGGCGAGGAAUAGGACCACAUCACGUUACACUACCCGGAACUGGGAGGAGGUGGUACUAAUUGUCGCGGAUAUAAACACAAUCUCAGCAAAUUGGUCUGAUUGCGCCUCACUGUUGCUAAACAGGAUGAUUGACGUUCGAGCAUGGGCAGAGUAUGUGGUGGAGUGGGCUGCCAAAGACCCCUACGGUUUCCUCACCACUGUCAUCCUGGCUCUCACACCUCUCUUCAUUGCCAGUGCACUGCUGUCCUGGAAACUGGCCAAGAUGAUCGAGGCACGUGACAAGGAACAGAAGAAAAAGCAGAAACGUCAGGACAACAUAGCCAAGGCCAAGAGGACCAAGAAAGAUUGAGCCUGUGGGUAGGAUGAGGGCAUAUAAAAGGAGGAGCAUCCACCACACAUGCAGCCCUCCUUAUUCCAAAUAACUUAACAACAUGGAGCCCUUUGUGUCCCAGCCCUACUGUCAGCACAGGGCCCCUACGCCUCAAAUCUGGGGUGGGAGACUGGCCCCACAGGCUAACAGUGCUGAGACGGACAGUACUGCCCGAAGGAGGCUCGUCCCAGUGGGACUCUGGUCAGCAAGAGCACAGUGGUCAUCUGUAUCAUUUAGUUUUACAGAAAUCCGCUGAUAAUAAUGUGCAGCUGUUGCAACUCUUUGCAUUCCAUUGUUAGCACCCAUGUUCUUUAGAAUUGAAGAUGUAAUAAUGAGCUUACUGGAACUUUUUCCAAAAUAUCCAAAAUACUACUUUCUAAUCAAUAAAGUUUUCAUGUCGAAUAUGAUCUAAUUUCCUCAUUAUGGAUUUUAUAUUGAAAUGGAAAAAUGAUGUAAUUCUAAUUAAAUGCAGAUAAAGUAUUCAUCCCCUCAUCUUUAA